AUGGGUGCUGCUAAAAUAUCUUUCUUUGCUUUUUUUGCUGCACUUGCUGCUGCUAUAUUCAUUGAAUUAUUCCGUACAAAAGAGCCUGUAUAUGUGGACGGAACAGUUGAAAGAGGCUACGAAAAAGUAAAGGAGCUAUUCAUCAAAAACUUUGAAGAUGGCUGGGAAAGAGAAGGAGCAACAUUUGCCGUCUUUGUCAACGGUACGAAAGUCGUUGAUCUUUGGGGAGGCUAUGCUGACCAUCAAGCGGAACGGAAGUGGAAGAAGGAUACUAUGUCUAUCACAUUUUCCACUACAAAGGCGGUUGCAGCUGUUUGUGUAGCGUUGUUAGUCGAUCGUGGAAGACUUCGCUAUGACGACCUCAUUGCCACAUAUUGGCCUGGAUUUGCCAAACAUGGAAAAGGAAAUGUCACCGUGCAAAUGGCACUUUCUCAUGAAGCAGGUUUGGGAUACCUGGACACUCCCAUAACGGAAGAAAUCGCUGCAGAUCAUAAUAAAAUCAGGGAGAUUCUUGAGAAUGAGCGACCGAAAUGGGAACCCGGUAGAAUGAAUGGAUAUCACGCAUACACCUACGGAUGGAUUGUUGAUCAAAUCAUUCGGCAUGUUGACGAGAAACAUCGAAGCAUCGGACAGUUUCUGAGGGAGGAGAUCACAGGACCACACCACAUCGACUACUACAUUGGUCUUCCAUUUGAAGAGGAGUACAGGAUGGCCCGAUUGUCAGUGCCAACAAUGUGGGAACGAAUAAGCGAGGUUUUGUACGAUUGGCGCGUAUCUAGAUACUUCUUAUCGCUGUGGAAAUUUGUUAGGGACACUCCCUUGUCACGAGCUACGAACAAUCCGUCGUGGUUGCAAGCUGUUGCCAGGUGUACGUUGAACAAUCCUGAUUACCAUCACUUGGAGCAAGCUGCUGCUCUUGGUAUUGGAAAUGCUAGAUCGCUUGCAGCAAUUUUCAAUCUUGUCGCCACGCAGAAGCUGCUAAGCGAACAAGUUUUAAACCGUUUGCAACAUCACUACAAUAAUGACACAGAUGUAAUUUUUGAUGACGUAAUAGCCAAGGGACACGGUUUUCUGUACAUGCCGCUGCACAGAGCAGGUACGGAGUUUUUGGUGGGACAUACCGGUCAUGGAUGCCAGCAAGUUGUAUACGAUCUCAAGAAUCAAGUCUCAAUAGCCUACGUAAACAAUGGGCUCAAAACAGGUCUCUACGACUUAUAUCCUAGCAUUUAUCUUGAGGAUGAUGGAGAUGACGACAAGAUUGAAGAGUUCAACAAUUUGCUCGUUGGCGGCGGUGCAACCAAACGGACAAGAUGA